AUGGUUCAUGACUUCCAAAUGAUAAACUUGGCUAAUUCAUAUAGUGUCGUAUUAGAAUAAGUAGAGAAAAAAAAUCCAUCAUCAUGCGCUUAGAAAAUCGCCUUAAACGGAAUUGUUUCAAAUUCCUAAUCUGAAAGGUAGACUCUACUUUGA